AUGUCUCUCGUCAACAGACCCAACACCAUCCUCGCCAAGCAGCAGUACUUCCAGGCUCCUUCCAACACUCUCUUGUUCCUCCGUGGUCCCAGAGAUAAGGUUAUCGUCUACACCACCUUCUUGGUCCUCGGUACCGGUCUUCUCGGCUCCGUCUGGGGUGCUGUCAAGAUGGCUCGCGCUGUGCAGAUUUGCCUGGGAUCCGGUCUUACUACUGCCCUACACAAGCCGAAAACGCCAACGUUUAACCAAAUGUCAAAACAUUAUGUCUAUCUGCCCCACCACCGUCGCUUUCAUUCAAAGACUCUGACUCUUAAUGAAUCCUGCUCCCCUCAUCCAGAGGUCUACCUCAUCAUAUAUCUUUCCAACUGUCUCCCUCGUUUCUUCAAAACACCUGUCAAAUUCUCCUCGAUCUUACAACAAAAGUCCAUGCCAAGAAACAUAUAUGUGACCCUGACCCACAAAACUACUUAG